GGGGAAGCCUGGGACUGGGAGGUCAGUGCUCCACUGGAUCCCCGCACGCACGCCAGCUACCCGCGCGCUCUCUUUUGGAUAUAACGCACGCGGAGGCAGAACAUUAUGGCGACGUUGGGCCCGGAGUCGGCUCGCGCUGCUCUGGCCCAGCUCGGUUCUGGUCCUUCUCUUCAGACUCAUGUCGGCUGCGUGAAGCUGCCCCCCAGCCGGGGCUUGGAGCGCGCGCUGGAGGAGGCGGCGGCCAGCGGCGUCCUCAGCCUGAGCUGCCGAAAGCUGAAGGAGUUUCCCCGGACAGCUGCCAAGCACGACCUGAGCGACACGGUGGAGGCAGAUCUUUCAAAGAACCGACUCACUGACGUCCCCUCGGAGGUCUGUCACUUGGUUGCCUUGGAGUCACUAAACCUUUAUCACAACUGCAUCAGGACCAUCCCAGACAGCAUCAUCAGUCUGCAGUCACUCACAUCCUUAAACCUCAGUCGGAAUCAGCUUGGCUCUCUGCCGGCUUGCUUGUGUGGUUUACCUCUGAGAGUCCUCAACGCCAGCAACAACAAGCUGGUGAGCCUGCCGGAGACCAUCGGACAGCUGUGUGGCCUCAUGGAACUGGUGAGUGUUCAUGCGCAACACAACCUGGCUGACCUUCCUCUGGUGAAGUUCGAUUUGUCCUGUAACAAGGUGUCCACCAUCCCGGUGUGCUACAGGAAAAUGAAGCAGCUCCAAUCCCUGCAGUUAGAGAACAAUCCAUUGCAGAGUCCACCUGCACAGAUCUGCCUAAGGGGAAAAGUUCAUAUAUUUAAGUAUUUAAGCAUUGAGGCAUGUCGCAGUGAGAAGAUGCCAGACUCUCUUUACUUGCCGGUUAUCGAACGUCUCGGCCUACGUCCCUCAAAUGGCAGUGUGGAGGACAUGGUGCAGCAGAGGAAGCAGGACAGCGACUCAGGAGUCGGCAGUGACAGCGGAGAGAAGAGGCUUUCCACCACUGAGCCGUCAGAUGAAGACAGCUUGAGUCUCAACGCUCCGAUGAGCAACAUCACGGAGGAGGAGGGAAUCAGCAAAGAGGACUCCAGUGAACAUAUCAGCUCCCUGACAGUCGACACAAACUGCGACUUGGUGCGUCUGAUUGAGGAGAGCCCUACGGAAGCCCUAAAGGAGUACAACUACAGAGACUCAGCUCUCAGCACUCGCUUCAUCAACUACAUCAAGGGUCGGACAGCAGCAGACUUCGAAGAACCUCUUAGGAUAGAAGAAGAUACACACUGGCAAAUGGAACAAACGUCAAAGGUCCCAGGGGGCACAGAGCUUCACAUUGGCAUGAUCCACCAGCUGAAAGAAGCUGUAGAGCUGCUACAGGACCCUAGCAGGGUGAACGCAGAGCAGGAAGAUGUGUCUGGAGUCCAGCUGUACCCGGUGGAGAUGGUCACAGUGGAGGAGUCCUUUAAUGGACAAGACAGUGAUGACAGCGCCACGACACCGAAGCAGCACAUGGAGGAAGCUGGCUAUGAGUUCCAGAAGAAGAGACAGAUGAUUCUAAAGAAAGCCCGCUUUGAGGCCCAGCUUGCAUGCCGGCAGCAUGAAUGGCACAUGUCACUGAAGCAACAUGACAGAUUUCCAUCCAGUGGAACUCCAUGUUUGUCCAGCCCUCCAUUCGGACUCAAGCCCCGCUCAGCCCCGCCCUCACUGCCGUGCUCACCCCCUUCUUCCUGUCUAGAUCCCUCCCACUGUCCACAGGCCUCGCCCCUACAUAAAGUCACACAUCGUAGCCGUGACGACGGAGGCACGCACAGCCAGGUGUUCCUGCGUAGCCACAAGAGUCUGGAGUCUGUGGAUCCUCAGUUCACCAUGAGACGUAAGAUGGAGCAGCUGAAAGAGGAGCUGGAGCUCAUGGAGCAGCUGAGAGAGAUCAUAGAGAGCAGGCUCAAAGUUGUCCUUCCUGAAGACCUCGGUUCGUUUCUGAUGGACGGAGUCGUGCUCUGUCAUCUUGCCAACCACGUUCGUCCUCGCUCUGUGGCCAGCAUCCACGUCCCCUCGCCUGCAGUGCCCAAACUCAGUAUGGCCAAGUGUCGGAGAAAUGUGGAGAACUUCCUGGACGCCUGCAAAAAGCUAGGAGUACCACAGCUGCCUCCAUCAUGA